AUGGGCAUUCAUAGCUACACUCAACCUUCAAGCAGUAACGAUUCAAGUGGUGUUAGGAGAAGAUUAGCUCGAAAUGAAAUCCCAAUAGAAGAAGAUGGGAUUAUGACUGAAUGUUAUUGUGGAGCUAAAGCAAUCAUCGAUACUUAUCGUUCCACAAUGGAUCCGAGAAGAAGGUUUUUCACUUGUCCAAAUGUAGGAGAUGGAGAAUGCCAUAUUUGGAAGUGGUUGGAUAAGAGAAUCAUGGAGGUGCUUACUCUCAUUCAUAACGAUUAUGGAGCAGUGUUAGAGAAGAUAGAGCUAUUAACCUACAUUGACGAUUUCUAUAUGGCAAAAGCCGAAAUUGAUCAGCUCAAGCAGAAUCAGAUUCAGACCGAAGAGAAGAUUGCCAAGUUGGUGAUGGUUGUUGAUGAGAUGAAGAAGAAGGAAAGUGGUGUAACAAGCGGUUUGAAGAUGCAGAUUGCUCUUGGUGCACUCAUUGUGAUCAUUGCUCUCACCAUUAUGAUGUUUAAGUAG